CUUCCUUAUUUCCACAAUGUUAGUAUAACACACAUAAAAUCUGUCCAAUUCAGUAUCUCUGCCAGAAUUGAGUUUGACAAAAAAAGGCUAACAGUAUUAAUUUGUAGUAUCAAAGAUGAGGAUGUCUAAGAAGAAUUGGUUUGGUAAUAUCAGAAAGAAACUAUUCAGGUCAUCUCCUCCACAUAAAAAUAUCAUUGUUCUUCAUAACAACACAAUUACCAAUAGGACCAGCAGCGCCAAUGGACGGUCAUCUACAAAGAAAAAUAAUGGGCACAUCUAUUUUAUGUCUAAAGAGGAUAUGGCUGCUAUUACUAUCCAAUCUCAUUUUAGGGGUCAUCUUGCGAGACGGGCGUUUAAGGCACUGAAAAGCCUUGUGAGGCUUCAAGCAGUGGUAAGAGGGGCAUAUGUGAGAAGACAAGCAAGGAUAGCUCUGCAUUGCAUGCACGCCCUUGCACGGUUACAAGUUACUGUCCGAGCUAGGCAACUCCUCAGCAAGUGCAAUGACCAUUGAAUUGAUAAAGUAUCUUUUUUAGGUGAUCUGUCCGUCAAAGUACGUAUAGAAGUUAAAUUCUUGACCAAUUUUCAGAUGCAAUUCAACGAAAAUUAAUUAUAGGGGAAUCAGAUCAUAGGAUGGAAGGAAUUACUGAGUCAGAGUGCCUGAACAUGACUUGUAAUGUUGUACGUCUAAUUCUUGUUUAGAACUUGGGUAUUGCAACUAACAAAUGUUUCCAGUGUUGUACUUGCAUAUCGUAUUUUCUUUUAGAUCUUAUUAUAGGUUUGAUUUUUGUAAGCUUUUGAAGAAUAUGUCGAUUAUCUGAAAGAUAUGAAUGUUCUUCUAAAGUACAUAUACUAUGUGUGUA